GGAGGGCCACUUCGGUGCAACUAAUAAGGAGCUCGAUCAGAAGGCGAUCCCACUCUGACUUUUAUUUCCAAGUCCUCAAAACCGGAGUCGGAUUGAUCGUUAUCUCACAUGGAUUAUGCUUGUCUCGCUGCCUUUUAUUCCUUAGUGCCAUAGAGGAAACUUUCCCUGCUCCUGUUUUCAAGAAAGCAGCCUUCCAGUGCCAGAGCCAUGAUUGGCCUGCUAAGAUGGACGGCUUUCCUGUGGACUGUACACUUAACUCCUUGCACUUUUGGAAUGGCAGUGAAUGAACGAGCAGAUGGCUCAUGUUCACUAAUGAAUGUAGAGGAACACAGGUUUUCUGAUGUCUUAGAUCAUCCUCUGGAAAUCAGAGGAUUUGAUCUCACAGAGAAGUUUCUUUUGAGAAAAGGGACAGUCUCGGAAGACCUGCCUUCAUUUCGGCUGGGAAGCAGCCCCCUUAUCAAGCCAACCAAGCAAAUAUUCCCAAACGGCUUGCCAAGUGAAUACUCUCUGGUCACCAUCUUCCGGGUAAGAAGAACUACAAAAAAAGACCGCUGGUAUCUUUGGCAGAUAUUCGACCAGGCUGGAGACACUCAGGUGUCGGUUGUGGUUGACGGCGGCAAGAAGACGGUGGAGUUCUCUUCACGGGGCCUGCUGAACAAUGUGCUCCGCUACACGUUUAAAAGCCGUGACUUACACGCCCUCUUUGAUCGCCAGUGGCACAAGCUGAGCUUUUCUAUACAGAGCAACAUCGUCUCUGUUUACAUGGACUGCAAGCUAAUAGAACGGAGGCUGACCGAUGAGAGAGACGCCGUUGAACCCAGUGGCCGCACACUGAUCACCACCAGAAUAGAGGAUGGACGGCCGGUGGAUGUUGAACUCAAACAAAUUCUCAUCUACUGCGACCCUUAUAUCGUUGAGAUGGAAACAUGCUGUGAGAUACUGGAGCAAAAGUGUGAAGACAAGAAGACAUUUAAUGGCACCUCCCCUCCCCCGGUUGCACCUCAGCUCCCACAGAUGCUGUCUCAGCCGGCCAUACAGCCAAUUGACAGAUGUCACUGUCCAGCUGAAAAGGGCGACCCAGGAGAGGCUGGAAUUCAUGGACUCCCAGGUCAAAAGGGAGAAGUCGGAUCAGAAGGGCAGAAAGGGAUCGAUGGGGAAAAGGGACCUCCAGGUGACCCAGGGCCAGUUGGUCCAGUAGGUCCCAAGGGAGAAAAAGGUGAUGUUGGACUCACCGGAGCUCCUGGGCUGCCUGCUGACAAAGAAUGUCUCAAAGGAGAUCAGGGACUUCGGGGUGACAAAGGAGAAAAGGGACUGGAUGGACCGUCAGGCCGGCCAGGAGAAGCAGGCAAGGAGGGCAAAAGGGGGCGCAGGGGAAAGACUGGGGAGUCUGGACCUGAAGGCAAACCUUCAGUGGGAAAAAUCUGCUAUGUUCACAUGCAGGGGGAGAAAGGCGAGACUGGAGUCCCGGGAGAAAAGGGGACGAAAGGAGACAGCGGAGAGCCUGGUCAGCCAGGUGCCGAGGGGGCCGACGGUAUGAAAGGACAGAAAGGUGACGCUGGCCCUCCUGGUCCCCCUGGUCCUGUGAUGACAGCUCAUGGAUUGAGGCAGCUCUCUGGAACUGAUGAACCGCUGAAUGCACCUAAAGGAGAAAAGGGGGAUAGAGGGGAAAUUGGAGCGCAAGGACCACAAGGCUUCAAGGGAAACAUCGGGCUGCCAGGAUUGAAAGGAGAUCAAGGUCCAGAGGGCAAGCAAGGCUCGUCUGGACCCACUGGACUCCCUGGCCUCCCAGGAGAGCCAGGAUCGCCAGGGGAGCCUGGAAGAAAUGGCCUAAAAGGAGAGAAGGGGGACUCAGGAGCAGUGAUGGGACUGCCAGGCCCCAAGGGCGAGCCCGGAGAGCCUGGAUAUGUGGGCGAUGGGCUAUCUUUGUCCAGAGGCUCUCGUGGCCCCAAGGGGGAGCGGGGCGUCCCAGGACUGCCUGGAGAGCACGGUGAAAAAGGCGAGCCUGGAGAGAGCAUCACAGGCAUGCCUGGACCCAUGGGACCCCCAGGGAAGGCAGGGAUUGAGGGUCCUCGUGGUGCACCGGGUUCUUCUGGGCUUCCUGGAGCCCCAGGAAGAGAGGGCCCCCCUGGCAGACCGGGCCCCCCAGGCCCUGCUGGACCUCCAGGUGAACCAACUGCACUACCAAUCGUUGGAGAUAUGGGGGCUUUGCUUAAGAACGCCUGCAGUGUUUGCCAGAUGAGAGUCUCCGGGUUGACUGGGCAGAAGGGAGAGAAGGGCUCCCCUGGAGCGCCGGGACAUGAUGGCAUGGUGGGAGAAAAGGGAGAUCCAGGUGUUAGAGGUCCAAUGGGGAAUCCUGGUAAAGAAGGCCCAAAGGGAGUGAAAGGAGAGCGAGGCUUCACAGGCCCCACAGGAGAUAAAGGUGAUGAGGGGCCUUCUGGAGCUCCUGGACUCCCUGGAGUUACUGGUCGCACUGGGGAGCCAGGGCUCAUGGGUCGGCCUGGGCCCAUGGGUCAAACAGGGACGAAAGGUGAUAAGGGAAAUGAAGGACCUCGUGGACGACAAGGCCUUCCAGGACCUCCAGGUGCACCCUAUGUGGAGGGCAAUGGGAUGAGCAGCCUGUACAAGCUGCAGAGUGGUGGAGCUAUUUUAGGACCCCCUGGAGCUCCCGGUGCUCCGGGCCCCAAAGGAGAUGAAGGACUUGCAGGGGAACCAGGGCCUAUGGGAUUACCUGGGCUUGAAGGGCUACCUGGUGCUAAGGGUGAUGUUGGUCUGCCUGGUCCACCCGGAAUAUCAGGUCCUCCAGGAAAGCCCGGCCCACGGGGAGAACCAGGGAUCCCAGGAGAGCCGGGUGAAAGGGGGCCACUCGGAGAGACAGGAUUCCCGGGACCCGAGGGACCCCAAGGUGUUGCUGGCAGGCCUGGGAAAGAUGGAACUCCUGGCUACAAGGGCGAUCCCGGUAGACCAGGUGACAGAGGAUCCAAAGGGGAACGUGGUGAUCCAGGAAUUCCUGGAGAGAGAGGUGUUCAGGGUGAAAGAGGACGCCCUGGAGAUGGUGGCCCCACAGGACCAAGUGGACCUGCUGGACAAAAAGGGGAUCCAGGCCCUCCGCCACAGUUGGGCGACACCACCUUCAUGGAGGAACUCAAAAUGUUCAUCAGGGCUGAAAUAUUAAGGGUCUUUGAAGAAAAGCUGUCGAGCUCUGCCCUGCUGAAGAAGAUACCCGCAGGUCUUUUAGCCUCACAAACCCAGGGACCUCCAGGCGCCCCUGGCAAGGAUGGCUUACCAGGAGAGCCUGGACCUCCUGGUCCCCAAGACUGAGGGGCGGGCAGCAGAGGAAAAGGCCAGGAGUGUGUGGCGCACAGCGGCUCUCUGGGAAAUAUGAAGACAAAUGAAGAAUUGACUGUGAAUGAGGGUUUUAUCAAUCCUCAAUCCAAGGGGGGGAAACGCUCUGAAAUCCAAAAAUGAGUGAGGAAAGAGGGUGGACUGUUAGUUAGAACUGUAAUUGGCCAGGCUUUAGUCUUCCAACUGGCUUAGAAUUGUGUUGAGCUUUGGAUCUACCUCACAAGACCAUAACAUGUUUACACAGCUAGGAAAUGAGAUGCUGCUGCCCCCAUUCAUGAAUAAUACAGCAACUGGAAAGCUGACUAUAAAUGGGUGCUGUGCUGCACAGCUCCUGGAUUUUUAUUUUUAUUUUUGUUUGCUUGUUUUAUUUCCUCUGCUUCGUGAGAGUGGUUUAUAGGUUCGUCUUAAUGCAGCUUUGCAAUAAAUAUUUACUGAGAAUGAAGAGGAAAGUUAUCUCCCUUGAUAAAUCAAACAUUCAACAACUCCCUAAUUCUUUCUUUGUUGACUCCACUCUUCUGGGGGAGCGACUUUGGGGGGUAAUAUUUCCUCAUUAUUUCUCGUUAUCCUCUGCUGGAGACCGUGCUCCUCUGAAACAUCCAAUUUGGCUUCUUCUCUAUGCCAAAAUGAAUUGUUUAUGGAGAAAAAUAACCCCUAUGUUAAAUGUACAGUCACAGGCUGUUAAUCACAAGGAUGCAUGCUGAAUAUCAUCCAUUCAUCUUUUCAUUUUAAUCCUGAAUUUUGCUUUUUCUAUGUUUUGUUCUUCAGCUCAUCCUGUGAAUAACCACACGUUGUUUUGACAUCAUUUUUGUAUAUUAGAGUAUAUGCAUUUAAUAUUGACUGAACCUGUGUUUUAUGCUUCAUUUUGUAUAAUAUACAAAGAAUUGAAGUAGUUGGUUUUCACUGCUGUUCUUUCGGUUGGACAUAAAAUUAACAAAUAGACGUCGGUGUUAAUGUUGUUUACAGCCAUCUACAGAAAGGCGCACGACUGUGAUCCAAUCAAGUUUGAAUCCCCUGUGCAACAGCACGAUUUGUUUACUAACAUAUUUUACCGAUUAGUGCCGCUAGAUGCAAUUUGUUUCCCAACACGCAAUGGCAUUUUGGAUAUAUAAGCGUGCACCAAUCUAGUUUGCUGCCCAAUUUCAUUGCCCUGUGUGCUGCUCAGUAUUUCUUCUUGCUCAAGGUUCGGAGUAUUCUCUCCUCCAGAGCGUGUCUCCUCCCUGAAUGAAAUCCCCCAGGCUCUGUGAGUGCUGAAAAGUCUCAUUAUUGCAACAAUGGGCUCUCUUCCACCCCUGCCCCUCCUACCUUUUUUUUUCUUUAUCGUUCACGCUCACUUUUGGAGCGAUAGCAAGGUCUUUUUCGGAGAUUUUCUGUGACAUGUAAGCGUUGAAGCGUUUCUCCUUUGGGCCAAGUGGUGCGAUGCUUGAUGCUCCUGUCAGUACACACAAGAUGCACACCAGGCUACAUGCUGGUUCUAAAUGCAUUGCUUCUAUUGCCUCAUGGGGGAGGGGGGGAUAAUGUGCACAUUCUAACAUGCUUGUUGCUUGGGAAGUGUAAAGAAUAAAAGCAUGGAGUGGAUGUUUUAUGCCACGGACCUACUAAAUAUGAGUGCAGCUAGUUAUGAUCUACUUGUUCUUACAAGUACAGUGGAACCUCAAAUCCCUAACGCCAAAUAGCACCUAAAAUUGGGAGUCUGACCUAAAUUAUCUGGAAAAACGGUAAUGGUAAUUUCUUGUUAUUUGUUUCGGACACGCUUAACAUGUUCUCAGCAAUUACUUUAGUUUAUAGUUUUCAAUCGAUCCCCGUUUUUCGCCAGUGUUUCUUUCCGAGCCUAACAGUGAAUGGCGAAAUUGAUACGCCCAAAAAAUGUCUAUUUUUGACACAUAACUAUGGUGCAUUCAAGGACCUCCAAUCAAAGUGCAAAAAAAGAUGAUCAGUGAAGCAUAAAACAUGCAAUAAUGAUGGCUUUGUAAGAGUGGUACAUGCAUGCUGUGCAUUUUACCAGCAUCAUUACGUAUUUAUAAAAUAAUACCGGCUUAGGGUGAAUGAGGUGUGUUUUCUGAGGGAAAAACAGGUUUUUAUUUUAAAGGGGGGAUUUCUUCUAACAAUGAAUAAUUGUUCUUAAAAUAAUGAUUAUAAAUAAGUCAUAGUUUUCAUUUAUAAUAAUAAUAAUACAUUUUAAAACAAUUAUUAAUUAUUUUUCCAUAAAAUAUAAAAAAUAAUCAUAUUUUUCUUAAUAAUAUCUAAUAAUUAAAUUCUUUUUUUUUUUUAUAAAAAGCCGCAAAUUUGUGGGGCCAUGAAUGCUGAAUUGUAAAUGUGUGUUCCCUUCAUGUGUUUUGCAUGUUCCACUGUUACCAAUUUCUAAUAAGGACAGAAAAGAAUAGCGAAUUAUAUCAAAUGCAGUGAUGAAAGAAAGGGGGAAAAAAGAGGUCUUGAAAAAAAUCCAAAUAAGAAAUAAAUACAUAGGAAAAAAAAUAACUAAGCACAGGAGUAACGAGCUGACAGAAGCCUGGGAUGUAUAAAUAAAUAUGGAUAAGCUAUAUAUAUAUAUAUAUAUAUAUAUAUAUAUAUAUAUAUAUAAAUAGUGAUAAAUGAAUGAAAUGAGGAUAAAGUCAUAUGAAUAUUUAAUAUAGAUUCAUAUAUAAUGUGUCACACAAAAAGUGAGCACAGCUGACUAGCCUUCAUUUCAUAUCAACAUAUUAACUGUGUGAUAGCUUUGGUUUGAUUGGACUCUCAACUUUUUGUGUACAAAUGACUUUGAUUUGGAUCCUCUGUGAUUGGUGUUAUGCAUUUGAGUCCCAUCUGUUUGUGCUGUUUGACACGGAGCAGCGCUCAGCAGUGGCAUUUUCGACUGCGACUGUACCUUAGCUUCUCACGCAAGCUGCCACGCGCUGGAUGCUUGCCAUAUGCUUGUCACUUGUCAUCAAAAGGUAGUUAAUAUUGCAAAAUGAUCUUUUUCACAUGUCAUUAAAG